AUAAAUUUUCAAAAAUUUGAACAUAUUUUUAUAUUUAUUUAUUUCCUUUUAUCAACCAAAUAAUACACGAAACAAUUAUAGUAACGUAUUUUAAUAUGGGUCAUAUAUAUUUAAGUAGGCGUCUUUGUAUUCUGAAAAGAAAAAUAUUUCCGCGAAUUAUCUUAGGUUUAUUUUUCAUCUAUAUUUAUUGUGAAUAUCUCAUUUAUUAUAUUUCACAAAUACAGUGUGUUUGGCCGAAACUCGAAAAAAACCAUGCUAAAGAUGUGGAACCCGUGUAUGCCCUCGUCCUUGCAGAUAUUCAUAUGUUAGGUUCUCGAAAUGGUCAUUGGUUGGAUAAGUGGAGAAGAGAGUGGCAAAUGUAUCGGGCAUUUCAAACAGCCAUGACUCUGCACAGACCAGAAUUAGUAUUUGUUUUAGGUGAUUUAUUUGAUGAAGGUAAAUGGUGCUCUCAAAAUGAGUUCAAUGAGUAUGUGGAGAGGUUUCAUAAUUUAUUUGCAACACCUGAGGGUACCACAUUAUAUACAGUUGUUGGAAAUCAUGAUAUUGGUUUUCAUUAUAAGAUAACCCCACACUUAGCAAGUAGAUUUGAGAACCAAUUAAAUGCACCACCUGUGAAUUUAGUAAGCAUUCGAGGAAACCAUUUUGUUUUGAUCAAUUCUAUGGCUAUGGAGGGAGAUGGAUGUUCUCUAUGUUCUCGGGCUAUAGCAGAGAUCAACAGAAUUUCUGAUGUCUUAAAAUGCAGCAGUGGCUCAGCACUUUGUAAAGGAAAGGCUAAAGUACCUAAAUACAGCAGGCCAAUAUUAAUGCAACAUUACCCGCUGUAUAGGGAAUCAGAUAGUAUUUGCACAGAGCCCGAUGCAGCGCCCUUACCGCUCCGGGAUAAUCUAUUCGAGGAGCGUUGGGAUUGUUUAUCGAAGGAAUCGACGGAAUAUUUAAUAGAGAGCUUGUUGCCACGCGUGGCGUUUGGCGCUCACACACACCACAGCUGUUUGGUGCGGCACAGCUUCGUACCACGGCCCGAUCAUAAGAUAGAGCUCGUUGAGUACACCGUGCCGUCGUUCUCGUGGCGGAAUAGAUUGGAUCCGAAGUAUUACUUGCUGACCGUAACCCCGGACGAGGUGAAGCUGGCCAAGUGCGAGUUGCCGCGCGAAUGGACGAUCCAGGUCACGGCCUUGCUACUGCUGCUCGUUCUGGCUGCGUAUAUACGCUGUUAUAGUACUACUCGGAGAAUUUUUUCACAUAUGUCCGAUAAGAAAGUAUGAACAGAAUAAAUACUGGAUUUUUACAAGGUAUAGUUAUGUAUAUUGCUUCCAUUUCUCUCAAAUGUUUAAUGUAUAUAUUAAUUUAUCAUAUCAAAUUUGUUAUUUAUAACUAAUUAUUGUUGAUAAGUCAGGCAAACACAUAUAUAGUAUUUUAUCAUAGUCAUUUAAGUU